GUUGAAGGAGAUGAGAAAAGAUCAAAGGCUUUUUUAAUUUUAUUGCUUCCCGCACAUGAAGUCCAGGUUGGUCACUGAUGUUUCCUACGCAUCAUUACACUCAGUGCUUUCAGAUUUUACAAAUCCAAGAACCCUAUAAAAACCUUAAAUGUAAUCUCCUUGUCCACUGUGUAAUUUUAAUCCUUUUUAUCUGAGAUAGUUUCAGCUUUCUGGUUAAUGCGUAUCCAUCAAUCUUCUCACUUUCAUUUUUUUCAUUAAACAAAUGAUUGAACAAGAAGAUUUUUCUUUUAACCUUUUCUUCUUUCUUUUUCAGUUUUGGAUUAUACCCUCAUGUUUCUAGUAAUAUACUUAUGUUAUAUGUAUAUAGAAUUAAUAUUCUUUUACGCGGUAGAGUUUAUUUUCCCUCCACUGUCCACAAAAGCAUUGAUUCUCUCUUUUUGCAGCUAACUCUGCUCUGGUUUUGAUUUUGAUUCCUUCUGUUCCCAAAAAGAUUUAUUUCUUUGUUUUAAAUAUAUAAAGAAAGAAAUUUUGCAUGUAUGGUUUCUCUGGCCUUCUCUUAGUAGUAGUUUUUGUGUAGCUGGUGCACACAUUUAACCUCCCAUAGUGAAUGAUUCUGAUUCACAUCUCCUUUCCUUUUUAUUCCUUCUCCUCUCCUCUCAACAUCACCUCAAAACUUCUCUAUAAAUAAGCAUCCCCCUCCCUAACCUUCUCUUAUAUUUUCCAUCAUCGUGUGUGUUUGUGGCAUUUGAAAACUCUCCACCAAAAAAAUUGUAGUGAAAAACAAAACAGUCAAUUGAACAACAAUGAGCUAUUCUCAUCAAAGCAUGGGUUCUGGCAGUAGAAGUGGAAGAGGACAUGAGUUUGGAAGGACUUAUGUUGUGAGGCCUAAAGGAAAACACCAAGCUACUAUUGUUUGGUUGCACGGUCUUGGAGACAAUGGCUCAAGCUCGUCUCAGCUCUUGGAGAGCCUUCCUCUUCCAAACAUAAAAUGGAUUUGUCCAACUGCUCCUUCUCGUCCUGUUUCUCUUCUUGGAGGAUUCCCUUGCACUGCCUGGUUCGACGUGGGAGAAAUUUCUGAGGAUCUUCAAGAUGAUAUAGAAGGCUUAGAUGCUUCAGCUGCACAUAUUGCUAACCUCUUGUCAGCUGAACCAACAGAUGUCAAAGUUGGGAUAGGAGGUUUCAGCAUGGGUGCAGCAAUAGCUCUUUAUUCCACGACGUGCUACGCUCUUGGACGUUACGGAACCGGACAUCCUUAUACUAUAAACCUACGAGCUACUGUAGGACUUAGUGGUUGGCUUCCUGGUUGGAGGAGCUUAAGGAGCAAAAUAGAAAGUUCUAAUGAGGCUGCAAGGCGUGCUGCAUCAAUACCAGUUAUACUUUCUCAUGGAACUUCGGAUGAUGUAGUUCCUUACAGAUUUGGAGAAAAAUCAGCGUAUUCACUUGCUAUGGCUGGAUUCCGACAAGUUGUGUUCAAACCAUAUGAAGGGCUGGGUCAUUACACGGUUCCUAAGGAAAUGGAGGAGGUGGUUCACUGGCUCGCUUCAAGGCUUGGUCUUGAGGGAUGGCGUUAAGCUCCAAAAGCAUCUCUAUAUCUAUAAUUAUACAUGGUGUUAGAACAUAUUAUAUAUAAUGGAUGGGUUUCGUGGGGUAUACGGCACUUUCUGUUUCAACUGUUUUGUGAUUUUUUUUUUUCUUUUGCUUUUCUGCUUUUCUAUUCAUGGUUAUAAAUAAUGAAAUAAAUGUUUGUUCA